AUGGAAACAGAGAGUCUCUUUCAGGAAAGCCGGGUUGUCCGUAAAUCCAUUGCCCGAGUGCUGACUGUCAUCAACCAGACUCAGAAGGAGAACCUAAGGAAGUUCUACAAGGGCAAAAAGUACAAGCCUCUUGACCUGCGGCCCAAGAAGACUCGUGCCAUGCGCCGCAGACUAAACAAGCACGAAGAACAUUUGAAGACCAAAAAACAGCAGAGAAAAGAGCGACUAUACCCAGUCCGGAAAUAUGCUGUUAAGGCAUAAACCCCCUGUAUGCUAAAUAUUUGUUAAUUAUAUUGGCAUUCAUUACUCCAUAUUAAACACUUGCUGUUGAGAAACUCUUGGA